GAAUCAGAAAGAGACGUGGCAUCGAUCACAACAAAAGUGCUCAAGUUCUAAGAAACGUUGCAACUAAUGAAGAUCGCUAUUUGUUUGCUAGUCUUACUGGCAUCGGGUCACUCCAAAGAAGACAGUGAAGAUAAGAUCAAGACUGUUUUUGAUAGUUUGCUCGAGAAAGAAGAUAUCUCCCUGAGUGAUGAGGUUUACGAAUACAGACUGGCAGCUUUUACCCUGGCUUACUGGUCAAUGGGAGAUAGAGAGAAGGCCUCAAUAGAACUAAUGUUUGACGAUGAAGAAGUCCAUAAACAAAACGGAGCCAAGAUGAUCCAAGAUCUUCCCGUCAACGAAGCACUCCAAAAGAGAAGCGACACUCAUCUGAAGGAAAGAUCAGUACCAAAGUUCUGGGAUGGUAGAUACCUUAAAGGUGCCCGAGGUAGCCCUAUUAUUAUCAAUGAUGCUGUGACGCAGGAUACCUGCGGAAACUGCUACUUGCAUGUGUUUGUAGCUGCUUUGGAGUUAGUGUACGCCAAGGCUACUGGUAAGAAAGUGAAGUUUAGCGAGCAGGAGAUGACUGAUUGCUAUGAGAAUGGGUGUGAGGGUGGAGAUUACAGAAUGGUUUCAAUCUUCAUGAGUUACUUGGAUAAGUUGAGUCUGAGAGGAAACUAUGGACAAUACUUGAAUGGUCAGCAUACUUGCAGAGCAGAUAACACCCCUGACGCUCUUGAAAGGAUUAAGGUGAAAGAUUACAUCAACGUGACCCCAGACACAGUUGAAGCAGCAAUAGUGCAGUAUGGAAGUGUGAUGACGUGUAUGGCUUGGAGUGAAAAGCCUGAGGAUCCAUGUUAUCUGAAAGCCUACGGAGGAGGAGUGUUCAAAGGACCCACAACACCUGAAGACAAGAGCAAGUGAAGAAUGGAUGUGACCACGCUGUACUCAUCGUGGGAUACACUCCUUGGUACUACAUUGUAAGAAACAGUCACGGAAAAACUUGGGGAUACGGUGGAUAUUUUAUCAUAGCACGUGGAAAUACAUGUGGUAUUGAAACCAGUAUGGC